AUGGACAGUGAUUUACAAAUACCACCACCUGAGAUAUUUGUGUAUUUGGAUGGUGAAGAUGUCACAAAGGAAAUCAGAUUACCGACCGUUUCUAGAAAUGUUUCAAGUAUAGCAUCAAAUAGUAAAGUAAGAGAAAUACUAGUAGAAAAAUUUAGGUCCUUAGCAUCAUCAUCAGAAAUUAAAGGUGUGGUAAUGGAUGGUAGAGAUGUUGGUACAGUUAUCUUACCUGAUGCCGAAUUAAAAAUUUUUUUUAUAGCAGAUAUACAAAUCAGAGCUAAAAGAAGAUACGAAGAAAUAUUAUUACAAAUGAAUAAUACUAUUCAUAACAUUUCAAUAAAUUUUGAACAAGUUUUGAAUGAUUUGGAAAGAAGAGACAAAGAAGAUUUUGAACGGGCAGUAUCACCACUUAGGAAAGUUAAAGAUUCUAUUGUGAUUAAUACUGAUAAUCUUAGUGUUCAAGAAAGAGUCGAAAUGAUUGCUGCUUUAGCAAAAGUUAGAAUGAAAAAUUAA